AUGUCCUUCCGCGUCACCUCGGACGUUGACCGUCCCAAGAAUGUCGAGGAGUUCAUGGCCGACAUGACGGGCGGCAACAUGGCGGUGGUGCGAUGGAAGCACACGCCGGAAGGCACGGCGGCUUUUGACGACGCCGCCGCGUUCGGGACCAUCCGCAGCGCGCUCCUGGAGCAGAACAACGAUCCGCGGCGGCUGCGCCGGGUCGCCGUCGAGAUCGCGGCGCUGCUGCCGCCGGCGCACCGGCCCUCGGAUGAUGAUGACGACGACGUGCUGGGCUCGCUGUGGAGGCUGUUCGUCUCGCUGGCGCAGCAGACGCCGUCGGGGAACCUCGCGAUGCUGGACCUGGUCGUCAUCCUCGACCACCUAUCCUCGUCGCCCAAGACGACGGCCACGGUCACGGUGGAUGGCUUCGAGCAGUUGAGCCGUCUCCAUGGCCUGAACCAGAGCAUCAGGGACAGUAUGGUUUCCCCUUACCAGUCCCCGAGCAGGGCCGACACGCUCGCCCGCUGGGUCGGCCUCAACGCCUUCGCCGCCCUUCUCUGGUCCUACAACCUCAUCGACGGCCGCGACUUCGCCGUCCGGCAGCUCCGCGCCGCCUUCGAGGAUCGCCGCUCCUCGGAUGCCGGGGACCGGGACGGCGCCGACGCGCGGCUGAUGGCUGCGGCGCAGUGGGCGGUGCACUCCUGCCAGCGGCUGUAUCACCUCUCCGUGACGUCGGAGGGGGGAGGAGGCGGGCCCGACGGCAACGGCAACGGCAACGGCAACGGGAAGGGGGCGGACGCCGAGAGGUGGAAGCCCGGGCCGAGGUUCAGGGGCCGCGCGGGGUUCUCGUUCAGGAGGUGGGAGUUCUGGCAGCAGGCGUUCGAGGAGGCGGACGAGUUCGGGAACGGGGGCAUCGAGGCCAAGGUGGAGGCGCGGGCGGCGGCGGGGGUGAUGGAGAAGGUUCUCUAUGCCGGGUUCGAGGGGUAG